GUUGCGAAAUACGGCAGGAGGGCUUUGUGUGUGAGGGCGCGUGCGUGGUGCUUUUCGUCCCCCCCCCCCUUUCUUUCUUUUUUUUUUUCUCCAAGCAUGGCAACGGCGGCGGUUGGGCGCGCACUGUCGGGUUGCUGCCGCUGGAGCGCCUCAGGGAGGAGGGGGAAGCCCUUCGUGGGAUCCAAGACAUUUAGGCUAAUCUGUUCAACUACAGCAGUGCAGAAGAAAAAUGUUGCUGCUUCAGGACCUGAAAAAUACACAGAAGCUUUUAUCAAAAAACAGAUUGAAGAGUUCAACAUAGGAAAGAGACAUUUAGCCAACAUGAUGGGAGAAGAUCCAGAAACUUUUACCCAAGAGGAUAUUGAUAAAGCUAUUGCUUAUCUUUUUCCUUCUGGUCUGCUUGAGAAAAGAGCCAGACCUGUAAUGAAGCAUCCUGAUGAGAUUUUUCCAAAGCAAAGAGCAAUACAGUGGGGUGAAGAUGGUCGUCCAUUUCAUUUUCUUUUUUACACUGGCAAGCAAGCAUAUUAUUCUUUACUGCACGACAUCUAUGGCAAGGUGCUACAUAUUCAAGAACAGCAAGAUCAACUGCUUGCUCAAGGAUCAACUCCUGACAACAAGACGCAAUUCGACCUGAUUGGCAGCAGAUGGCUGAUUAAAGAGGAAUUGGAAGAAAUGUUAGUGGAAAAACUGUCAGAUCAAGAUUAUUCACGAUGUAUUCAGCUGCUUGAGAGAUUAGUAGCAUUGCCAUGCAGUGGCAUUGAAGAGGCAUAUGUGCUAAAAUUUCGCAAGCAAUUACCUGUACAAUCCAAGAAGCAGGCAAUUGAACCCCUGAAGUAUGAUGAGCGAGGAGUGGCCUUUAGCACUGCAGAAGGCCAAAGAAAGACGGCAACAGCAACUGUGACUAUUUAUGACAGUGGAAGUGGGAAAAUCACAAUAAAUGGAGAUGAUUAUGUACUUUACUUUCCAGUGUUGCAGGACAGAGAACAGUUGAUGUUCCCAUUCCAGUUUCUUGAUCGACUGGAGAAACAUGACAUGGUCUGCUCAGUUUCUGGAGGAGGAAGGGCAGCGCAGGCCGGCGCAAUCCGUUUAGCUUCUGCAAGAGCCUUGUGCAGUUUUGUCACAGAAAAAGAGGUGGAAAACAUGAGGCAAGCUGGUCUCCUGACAUCUGAUCCACGUGUGAGAGAAAGAAAAAAGCCAGGCCAGGAGGGAGCCCGCAGAAGGUUCACAUGGAAAAAGCGCUGAAUCUGAAAAUCAAGGGGCAAAUAUUGCUGCUGUUAUAAAAUAUUAUAUCUCUCUCCAUGUGUAUAUAUUUGUAACUAAAGUGUAUUUCACCUUU